CUUUCAUGUGAGCUUGAAAGCACCGGCAUUCUUCUUUCAUUACAUCUUAGACGUUUGGCAAGGUGAAGGAUUUCUUUUGAAACAUGUAGCCCUUUGUGUCUAACUGAAUCUGGCGAAACCAAAAUGUAUACAGUGUCUGCCACAUGAGCUGUACAAGGAUAAUGGAUAUCAAACUACAGGAGGCGGAAGGAUUUGGUGAGGAAAGUUCAGGAAAGAAAAAAUCUAAGUUCAAGUCUAUAAAAAAAUUCUUUGGAAAAAGGAAAAGAAAAGAGACAUUACCAUCUUCGGGAAGUGGUAGUCUGAAACUAUAUCAGUCCACAAGUGAUGUCACAACCGCUGAGUCCAUGCAUAUAGGCUACGAUUCAGAAGAUGAACCUGAGAUACACAACAGUAUUAUGGGAAGCAGAGCCCUGUCCCACGACAGCAUUUUCAUUCCCGAGGCUGCACAAGAGCCUGCAAGGCCAGGACGAGUAUUUUCUCAAGAAAAUGUUUCCGGUCGGAUUAGGGCUUUGCAGUUGAAACUGCAACAGAAUUGGAAAUUUGGCCGCUCUUCUCCAUUUGGAACUCCAUCAAAGAGAGUGGAUGAUGCUGGGAUGAGUUCAGAGGAUGACGGGCUACCCAGAAGCCCACCUGAAAUGUCUUUGCUACAGGAAAUUCUGAAUUCCAGAACAGCACAGUUUUCUGACUCUCACAAGCAUCUUAGCUCUUUGAGUUUAGCUGGAACAGGCAGUGAAGAAGAAGAACAGGUCACAUCAAGCCCCUGGAGAACCUGUUCUGCAGAAUGCCAGUUAUUCCCCAGGAAGUCGAGUGUUAAAAUCAUGGCUGUACCAAUCUCUGAUGGCAGCCUCUCACCUCCUGCAGAUUUUGAUACUCCUGCUGAGUUCACCACUGUCUUGGAUAACUCGGCUGCUAAGCACAAACUUUUAGUAAAGCCACGGAACCAGAGGUCCAGCAAAAUGAGAAGACCACCUUCGAAGAGCCUUUCGGAGUCUCAAAAUGACUUGAGCUCUACCCCUGAGGAAGAUGAAUGUGAAAGGAAAGAGGCAGUGGCUGAGCUGGCCUAUGAAGGUGUCAGUUCCAACUGUCAGUCCCUGACAGAAAGCACAGCUUCGUCAAAUAAUGCAGCGUACUCCCAGCAACUUGAAAUGUCAAAGGGCCUACAGCCUAGCUUGAGUCACCAAGAUGAAAAGUCUUCCGUGCUGCCCUCUGCUUCUCCGUUGCACUUGCCUCCCUGGGAAAAUAUUUCUGAGGGUUGCCAAACAGCGCAAGGAUUAUCACACACCGUACCAUCGUUGCCCUCUUCUGAACAGAAAGAAAAUAUAACCACCCUCCAUCUUACUCCAGAACUGAAAACACAAAGGGACAAAGAGGGCUAUGAAACACAAAAGAUAUGCUCUGGGAAUUUAAGUAGUAUUUUAAACCAGGAAAAUAAACACAUUUCUGAUGUGCCUUCCAAGAGCAUCUUGCUGUCUGAUAAGAAUGUCUCAAACAAAACCGAUAUUCUCCCUACAUUAGAUGAAACAAGCAAAGAUGUACAGAAGGAUGCCCCAGCACUUGUGGAAGACAUUUCCAAUAAGUUAUCUUCUUCAUUGGCUAACUCUAGUUGUCUUUUACCAAAAAGUUAUUUCCAGCUUACAGAUGUAACCAGUCCUGAGAAUAGUAGUUAUUCUCAAUCACCAUGUACAGCUCUUUCAUCACAGAAAGGCACACCUUCUUUCUGGACUCCAGUCAAGACGAAACCUACGCAAGAGCUCCCUGCCUCUGAUAAGGAAAACGGCCCUCCAGCACCACCUGGUACAUUGAUUUUGGGCGAGAAAACUGAGAAAGAAGCCUGCGAGCUCAAUGCCUUGAAAAGAUUUUCCGUAUCAUCAUCUCGAGAGAGGCUAAGGACUGGCAGCUUGAACAUGAAAGAUAAUGCAGAAUGUGAACAUCCAAUAAACAUACAGGCAUUGCUGACCAAAAUUAAAAGCUCCUCAAGAAAUGAGAAGCUGAAUGAGACAAGCACCUCUCAAGAGAAUAAGAGCAGUAGCAAACAGACAUCUCCUCCUCCACAGUCAGAAAUGGAGAGCACAGGUAGGGGAUUAGGUAGGGAGGUGCAUGAGCCACUGCCCCAGGCCAUAAAUCCAGCAUCCGUGCUGAGUAGUUCUGGCAAUGGCCUGCCACAGCAGUCAAGUGCUAGCCAGUCAGGCUGUGGAGAUGAAAAUCCAUUUCAAGUCAAACUGAGAUCGACUUCAUUAUCGCUGAGAUACAGAGACAGCUCCUCACGGGAAUCAAAGGAGACUAAAAGACACAGCGCAGAGUUUAACUUAGAAAAAGAAGGGCUGCCUUCACCUUUGUUGAAAAGUGAAAAGGCAGAAGUGAGAAAAAUAACAGACAUAAAUAUCAGUGACACUUUAAAUGAAACCUGCAAAACUAAAACAAAGGCCUCUGAACAGUCCAGUGUGAAACCUCCAUUGCCAAGGAAACCUGUUUUACAACACGUUAUUACUGGCACUAAUACCAGCUUGGAAAAGCAGGUAAAGGUGAUCAAAGGCUCUGAAUCAAAAAAUGAAGAGGAGAAAGGUUUAGAGAAGAAAUCUGGUCCCUCUGAAGUGCCUGAGAAACGUGUGCCUUCUCCUGUGAGUGCUGUGGAUAUUUCAAAAGGAAUGGAAAGCCAGACAAUACCAGCCUGGGUUACUAUAGCAAAGCAAAAGCAGAGAGUCAUAGAACAGGAGUUUAGCAGAGAAGAAAAACCAGUGGUUUAUUCUAAGACGGAUGCAGAAAAGCAAAAAAAAGAGAUGGAGAGAGCAGAGGAAGCUGUCAAGCAACAGACAGACCCCACCCGGAGCACUUUGCCAUCCACAGUUCCUUCUGAAGAAGAGAUGAAAGAAACGACAUCUAAUACACAGGAGCUGCUGCCCAGAGCUGGCUUGCUGUCACAUCAUAGCCCUGUUCAAUAUUCAGUGCCGUCGGAAAAAGAAGACAUGAAGCUGUUUAAGAAUGUCACUCAUUCUUCCUCAGAUCAGCCAUCGUGGAUGGAACUUGCCAAAAAGAAAUCUCAAGCUUGGAGCGACAUGCCCCAGAUGAUAAAAUAGGGCAAGCAUUUUAUACUGG